AUGAAGAUUAUUGGUGCCGCAGUCCUUGCCGUUUCAUGCUUGCCGAGCUCGUCGGCGUUUACUACCCCUCUGGCCAAGAGACCACAAUCAGCACUGAACUUGAUGGUGAAUGAUGUUCCAGCAGUCGAACUUAUCAAUGAAGCCGCUCAGAUGCCAGCCGUCCAGUCAACCAGUCCAAGCGCAAUUUCUGGCAGUUCUCUUUUCCUCGCCGCACCAGCAGAGUACUUGGACUUUUCCAUGCCAUCGUAUGACAAAAAUCAAGCUGUUGCCAAGCCUGGGGCAGAAGCUCCAUCCUUCAGCAACCCCUUUGGUGACUUUGAUUUCGGAGCUUCCAAAACAGACUCUUCAGCAGCAGACACUAGCGCCGAUGACUCCAAGGCUGCCGAAGACAAGGCAGCAAGUGCUGCUGAAGCCAAGGCGGCCAAGGAACAAGCUGCCGCUGAUGAGAAGGCCGCCAAGGAGGCUGCCAAGAAGGAAGCAGAGGAUGAAGCCGCCGCCAAGAAGGCAGAGAAGGAGGCUCGAAAGAAGGAACAAGCAGAGAAGCAAAAGGCUGCAGUUGAGCGCGCCAAGGCCCAAAAGGAAUCGGAAGCUGCUUCGGAAGCCCCCGUAGCAAUGCCCAAGUUGGACUUGGACAUUCCAGACUUCAAAGCCCCUGAUAUCAAGGUUCCUGAUUUUAAGGUACCUGAUUUUAAGGCACCUGACUUCUCGGCUGCUAAAUUCGAUAUGCCAAAGUUUGAUAUGCCAAAGAUGGACAUGCCAAAGGUGGAUGCACCCAAGAAAGCUGCGCCAGAGUUCAAGGCUCCAGAUAUUAAGGUUCCAGAGUUUUCCGCACCCAAAUUCUCGACUCCUAGUUUUGAUCUUCCAAAGGUCGAUCUCCCAAAGGUUGAUGCACCAAAGGUUGCUCUACCAAAGGCGCCUAGCUUUUCCAGCAGUCCACAAUCCGACUACAUCUCAACCGACUUUGAAGAAGAUGCCGAUCCACAAGAGGGCAGAGACCAACGGGCAGCUGAAGCCAAAUCUGUAUACAAGGAUGCCGAUAAGGUUGCUAAGGAAGUUGAAGCCAAGGCCCGUGAGCUCCGAAAUGUUGCUAAUGCAAAGAAAGAAAUUGCAAAGGCUGCUAAGGAUGAAGCUUGCAAGACUCGAUUGGGAGGAAAGGUCCUUUGUAUUCGUCCACUCAACUCGGGAUACUAG